GAUGGGAACGCAGGGCAGCCCGGUGAAGAGCUACGAUUACCUCCUCAAGUUCCUGCUGGUGGGGGACAGCGACGUGGGCAAGGGCGAGAUCCUGGAGAGCCUGCAGGACGGGGCCUCCGAGUCCCCCUACGCCUACAGCAACGGAAUUGACUACAAGACCACUACUAUCUUGUUGGAUGGCAGAAGGGUCAAGCUGGAGCUCUGGGACACGUCAGGGCAGGGAAGAUUUUGCACCAUUUUCAGAUCCUACUCUCGAGGAGCCCAGGGGAUUCUCUUGGUGUAUGACAUCACUAAUCGCUGGUCCUUUGAUGGGAUAGACAGAUGGAUAAAGGAAAUAGAUGAGCACGCCCCAGGCGUCCCACGGAUCCUGGUGGGCAACAGGCUCCACUUGGCCUUCAAGAGGCAGGUGCCCACGGAGCAGGCCCGGGCCUACGCCGAGAAGAACUGCAUGACAUUCUUUGAGGUCAGUCCCCUCUGCAACUUCAACGUCAUCGAGUCCUUCACGGAGCUGUCCCGGAUCGUGCUGAUGCGGCACGGCAUGGAGAAGAUCUGGAGACCCAACCGAGUGUUCAGCUUACAGGACCUGUGCUGCCGAGCCAUCGUCUCCUGCACCCCGGUGCACCUCAUUGACAAGCUGCCCUUGCCUGUCACCAUCAAGAGCCACCUCAAGUCCUUCUCCAUGGCCAACGGGAUGAACGCAGUCAUGAUGCACGGCCGCUCCUACUCCCUGGCCAGCAGUGGGGGUGGCAGCAGCAGCAAAGGGAACAGCUUGAAAAGAUCCAAAUCCAUUCGUCCUCCCCAGAGCCCCCCACAGAACUGCUCACGCAACAACUGCAAGAUCUCUUAG